AUGAAAAGACAUAUGCUCGUUCACACUGGUGAACGUUCUUAUAAAUGUACAAUAUGUGAUAAGACAUUCUCACAAUCGAGUGGCUUGAAUCAACACAUGCUAACUCACACUGGGGAACGUCCUAAUAAAUGUGAAAUAUGUCAUAAGACAUUCUCUCGUUUGAGCGAUUUGAAUCGACAUAUGCUCAUUCACACUGGGGAACUUCUUCACAAAUGUACAAUAUGUCAUAAGGCAUUUGCACGUUCGACUAGCUUGAAACAACAUAUGCUCACUCACACUGGUGAACGAGCUCAUAUUUGUAGAAUAUGUGGUAAGAAGUUCAUACGUUUGUCUCAUUUGAAUCAGCAUAUGCCCAUUCACACUGGUGGACUCUCUACCAAAUGUACAAUAUGUGAUAAGACAUUUAGACAAUCGAGGAGCUUGAAACAACAUAUGCUCAUUCACACUGGGGAACGUCCUAACAAAUGUACAAUAUGUGAUAAGACUUUUACACAUUCGAGUAACUUGAAUAGACAUAUGCUCAUUCACUCUAGGCAAAAUAUGUGA